GCUGAGAGAAUGUUCAUCAUCUUUCCCCUGGGCAGAGCUGUAUCUCCUGAAUUGACAGAAGUUUGAAGAAGUUCGGGACGUCAUACGUGGAAUUCUGUACCUGGCUGCAGUCAUGGAAGAGUUGCUGCUGAACAGCAGCCUCGUGUCCGUGGACACCUUGUCCAAACUCACGACCCUUCUGCUCGUCUUCCUUCUGCUGCUGCUCUGCACCACCUGGACCCGCACAAAGCAGUCUGACAUUCCUGGUCCAUCUUUCUUGGCAGGACUUGGUCCCGUUCUGUCCUACACCAGGUUCAUCUGGACUGGAAUUGGAACAGCAAGCAACUAUUACAACAAGAAGUAUGGCAGCAUGGUGCGUGUGUGGAUCAAUGGUGAGGAGACCCUCAUUUUAAGCAGGUCUACAGAGGUGUAUCACGUUCUGAAGAGUGUACACUACACUGCCAGAUUUGGCAGUAAAAUAGGGCUGCAGUGUAUUGGGAUGGAAGGAAAAGGGAUAAUUUUCAACAGUGAUGUUUCGCUCUGGAAAAAAGUAAGGACAUACUUUUCUAAAGCACUUACAGGCCCUGCCCUGCAGAGGACAGUGGCAAUCUGUGUGGACUCCACUGCCGAACACCUGAACAACCUGCAGGAGGUGACCGACUCCUCUGGUCAUGUGGACGCCCUCAAUCUGCUGAGAGCCAUAGUGGUGGACAUCUCCAACCGGCUCUUCCUGAGAGUUCCACUCAAUGUGAAAGACUUGUUGAUUAAAAUCCACCACUACUUUGAGACCUGGCAAACAGUCCUCAUAAAGCCCGACCUAUUCUUUAAGAUUGGAUGGCUGUACGACAGACACAAGAAAGCAGCCCAAGAACUACAGGAUUCCAUGGAGAAUCUUUUAGAAUUGAAGAGAAAGAUGAUAAAUGAGAGUGAAAAACUGGAUGAUGAUCUUGACUUUGCAACAGAGCUCAUCUUUGCUCAGAACCAUGGAGAGCUGUCUGCAGACAACGUCAGGCAGUGUGUGCUAGAGAUGGUGAUUGCAGCCCCUGACACACUUUCUAUCAGUCUCUUUUUUAUGCUAGUGCUGCUGAAACAGCACCCUGAAGUGGAAGUGAGACUAGUGGAGGAGAUGAACACUGUCAAGAAUGAAAAUCCGGGUGAAAACAUUAACUAUCAAAGUCUGACCACACUUGAGAACUUCAUCAACGAGUCUCUGAGAUUUCAUCCUGUGGUGGAUUUCACAAUGAGAAAAGCUCUGGAAGACGAUGUCAUCGAAGGCAUGGCGAUCAAGAAGGGAACCAACAUCAUUCUCAACAUCGGCCUCAUGCAUAAGACAGAGUUCUUCCCGAAACCAGAGGAGUUUAACCUGGAGAACUUUGAUAAAACUGUGCCUAAUCGCUUCUUUCAGCCCUUCGGCUGUGGGCCGCGCUCCUGCGUGGGCAAACACAUCGCCAUGGUCAUGAUGAAGGCCAUCUUAGUCACUCUGCUGUCUCACUACACGGUGUGUCCUCGUCAGGGCUGCAGCCUCAGCAGCAUCAGACAGACCAACGACCUGUCCCAGCAGCCUGUGGAGGACGAGCACAGCCUGACCAUGCGCUUCAUCCCCCGAACCACGCAACCUACACAGGAGUAGCUCAGAAACACAGAGAACAGCUGCAGAGUUGGACAAAGACCUGAAUGUUCAUGUUGAAGUGUCUGGACAACAUCGGAACAUGGGUCAAUUGGCUGUAUGUAGUUAAAAUGGAGGUAGUAUCCAUAUGUGCUCCAUGCAAAUUAAUCCCAUAUAAUUAAUCACUAAGGCUAACAUAUUAGACAAGACGGCUAAUCUUUGAGUUUUGUUCCCUAUUUCUGCAACUAAACAAGUCCAGACUUUAAAUAAAACCAUAUGGAUUCAACUAAUACAGCGCAUAAUAUUUACAGACAAAAACACUAGUAAUACUAUAUGUUAUGCAGUAUAUACAUUGAUGUAGUGUCAGUAAUAAUUAACCAUAUAAUGUUUCUUGUAUUUCACAGGUAAUCUUAAAGUAACCAAAUGGUGUAGUGAGUAGUGUACAGUAUAUAAACAACACACCAUGUCGUGAUGUUAGCAAAGCACAGAUAAUAACAAGGAAAAUAACACUUUUUUCAAUUCUUAUCAUAUUUACAAUAAACUAACAACAAUAAAUUUAACAUUUAAAA